GGCGGCGGCGGCGGCUGCUCCUCCUCUCACCGGACCCGGGCCCCGCGCAGCGCGCACCCAAGGGGGGGGUCGGGCGGAGAAGCGGCGCCGGGGCCGGACCCCCCGUGGGAGCUGGCGACUGGCGUGAGGGCAAGGCGGCGGCAGCGGCGGACGGGGAGCAGCGGCUGCGGGACAGUGUCUUCAGCCUUUUCUUCAAGUUUUUUACCGUGAAUUGUUGCUGCGUGUCAAACUGGACAAGGUAUUUUAGUUGAAGUUUCACCAGUUGAAACAUUGGAGGAUCCCACCAGGGCCCUGUAUUACAGUUAUCGUCACGUCUCCUUAGGCUCCUCUUGACUGUGACAGUUUCUCAGACUUCCCUUGUUUUGAUGACCUUGUCAGUUUUGAGGAGAAUUUAAUCAGAAAAUGACUGCAGUAUUGGAAGAUCAUUACUAUUGGAAGACCGAUUAGCAUCCAUUUCAUAAGAGAAGCUUGACCAUCAUUUGCUCUGGCAUGGCGCAAAACAGUCCACAGCUUGAUAUGCAGGUUCUCCAUGACCUCCGACAACGUUUCCCUGAGAUUCCGGAGGGUGUGGUGUCUCAGUGCAUGUUACAGAACAACAACAAUCUUGAAGCCUGUUGCCGAGCGCUUUCCCAGGAGAGUAGCAAAUACUUAUAUAUGGAAUACCACAGUCCAGAUGACAACAGGAUGAAUAGAAAUCGCCUUUUGCAUAUUAACCUGGGUAUUCAUUCUCCUAGUAGCUACCACCCAGGAGAUGGAGUGCAACUUAACGGUGGUCGAACACUGGUACAUAGCUCAAGUGAUGGACAUAUUGAUCCACAGCAUGCAGCAGGCAAACAGCUGAUAUGUUUAGUUCAGGAACCACACUCAGCUCCAGCUGUUGUCGCUGCUACUCCCAACUACAAUCCAUUUUUUAUGAAUGAACAGAACAGAAGUGCAGCUACUCCUCCUUCACAGCCACCUCAACAGCCAUCGUCCAUUCAAACAGGAAUGAAUCCAUCUGCUAUGCAAGGGCCUUCACCACCACCACCGCCACCUCCUUCAUACAUGCACAUACCUCGGUAUAGUACAAAUCCAAUUACUGUUACAGUAUCCCAGAACCUCCCUUCUGGACAGACUGUACCAAGAGCUUUACAAAUUCUUCCACAAAUUCCAAGCAAUCUUUAUGGGUCUCCUGGUUCUAUCUAUAUUAGACAGACAUCUCAGAGUUCAUCAGGAAGACAAACUCCUCAGAGUACGCCAUGGCAGUCCUCACCACAGGGCCCAGUGCCUCAUUAUAGCCAGCGUCCUUUACCUGUUUAUCCACAUCAACAGAACUAUCAGCCUUCUCAGUAUUCUCCCAAACAACAGCAGAUCCCUCAACCUGCUUACCAUUCACCACCACCUUCUCAAUGUCCUUCACCCUUCAGCUCUCCACAGCAUCAAGUACAACCAUCCCAGUUGGGCCACCCUAGUUCCCAUGUCUUUAUGCCACCUAGUCCUUCAACUACUCCGCCCCAUCCAUAUCAACAAGGACCUCCUAGCUAUCAGAAACAGGGAAGUCAUUCAGUAGCCUAUCUCCCAUAUACACCAUCUAGCUUACCCAAAGGAUCCAUGAAGAAGAUAGAAAUUACAGUCGAACCCUCUCAGAGAUCUGGGACAGCAAUUAAUAGGAGUCCUUCACCUAUCAGUAAUCAGCCAUCUCCACGGAAUCAGCACUCACUGUACACAGCCACCACGCCACCUUCAAGUUCUCCUUCAAGAGGGAUAUCCAGUCAACCAAAACCUCCAUUUAGUGUCAAUCCUGUGUAUAUUACAUAUACACAGCCAACUGGACCUUCUUGCGCUCCAUCACCGUCUCCUCGGAUGAUACCAAACCCAACUACAGUUUUUAAAAUUACUGUAGGCCGAGCAACAACUGAAAAUCUUUUAAAUUUAGUGGACCAAGAAGAACGUUCUGCAGCCCCAGAACCUAUUCAGCCCAUUUCAGUGAUACCAGGCUCUGGGGGAGAAAAGGGAAGCCAUAAAUAUCAGAGAAGUUCUAGUUCUGGAUCAGAUGACUAUGCCUAUACACAAGCCUUGCUGUUACAUCAGCGAGCAAGGAUGGAGAGGUUAGCAAAGCAAUUGAAACUUGAGAAAGAGGAGCUAGAGCAAUUGAAGGCUGAAGUUAACAGUAUGGAGCAUGACCUGAUGCAGAGACGGCUCAGAAGGGUCAGCUGCACCACUGCGAUCCCAACGCCUGAGGAAAUGACAAGAUUGAGAAGCAUGAACAGACAACUCCAGAUAAAUGUUGACUGUACACUGAAAGAAGUUGACCUCCUUCAAUCUAGAGGUAACUUUGAUCCAAAAGCUAUGAAUAAUUUUUAUGACAACAUAGAACCUGGUCCAGUUGUACCACCCAAGCCACCUAAAAAAGACUCAUCAGACACCUGCACAGUUGAGAGGAAAGCCCGAAGAAUUAGCGUGACCUCCAAAGUACAGGAGGACAUCCAUGACACCCAGGCAGCAGCUGCAGAUGAGCAGCCAAGUAGCUCCAAACAGAGUCCUCGGACACAACCCCGAGAUGAAGACUAUGAAGGGGCUCCAUGGAAUUGUGAUAGCUGCACCUUUCUGAACCACCCCGCACUAAAUCGCUGUGAGCAGUGUGAGAUGCCACGGUACACUUGAAUUCCCAAGAGUCUGCACUAGGUUGAGAGUGAAACUUUGAGCACCCAUUAGAAACAAAGGAGACCUGGGGAAUCUGUACAUCUGCCCAGCCUUUUCAUUUCAGAUAACAUGGUGGGGGGGGGGUGACAAGGCAGCCGCUUGUGCUCAAUAAAGGAAAAAUGGGGAGGGUUUUUUCCCCCUUUCUUAACUCACUGCAGAGUUAGAGAUAGAAAGGGAUACUUGAAAUGGGGAAAGGAUUCACUCCUGAAAGAAUGUACACAGAGAAGUCAAGAGCUCUUCUGUGCAACCCCAAUUGUUAAAGUUACUGCUGUUAAAGUUACUUAUAAAAUAAGUUACCCUUAUUUUAUAAACUAGAACUUUGAUUCAUGAUGUGACAUGUUACAGUUUAUGCAGACAAACUGUGAAUUGCCAGAGCAGACUUACCUGGUCACAGCUCUCUGGAAAACCCAGGCUCCCCAGGCUUCUUCCUGUUGCUUCCGACAGAAGAGAAGGACAGGGAAAAGCAACCAGAGGAUGUUUUUCUGGGAGGGGCAAAAUAACAAGGGUAUUUGUAAUUGCUGCUUUUUUCAGGGGUAAUUUCAAACACACAAACAAAAUGUUUUAAAAUGUGAUUUGUAGCAGUCAGGAAUUAGGCAUAUCGUGCCCUUUGUUCGAAAGUACAAUCAGAGGUAAUAAGAUCCCUUUUGCUUGUACAGUGAUUCAUCAAGCUAUACCAACACUGGUAACUAAGACCUAAUUACGCCGCAUAAUAGAUAUAUUUUUUAAGUUACUGCAUGCUUUUAUUAGGCCACUGGUUUUUAAAAUAACGAACAAGUCCUUACAAAUUAUGAUUUUAUGAAUGACCUUCUGGUAAAACUGCGCUUUGCCAAUAGCACAGUGAAUGUAUGCUGAAUGUAAAUCCAUUCCAAAAUCCACUUGGAAUCUUGAGCUCAGCUGUGGUUCUAUAAGAAAUGUUUGCAGUCCCUAGAGCCUUUUUCCCCCUCCUUCCAAUUUGCGAUGAGUCCAUGAUGUUUACAGCACAGAUGAUACUUUGUGCCAUAACCCUAACUUAGCUGAAAAAAAUUAAUAUUAGUUGUUCAAUAAAGAUAUAUUUGCACAUAUGUUAACAAAAUAGUGUGAGGAAAAUUAUAGUUGGCCAAUAUCAUAAAGUUGCACACUGCAUUAUUUGGGGAGGAAGAGAAGGCUAGUCAAGAAAUACGACUGAGAGAAAGGUGAAUACAACGGACUUUGAAACUAAGAACUUUUAAAAUGUAACAAUACUGUAUUCAGAGAUGAUAUUGAGUUUGUUCAGACAGUUCAGGUGAUACUAAAGCACUCCUUAUUUAUGAAACUAGAACUUUAGGGUGUAAAUAACUGAAGACAUAUAAAAUCGCUUACUAAA